AUGCCAAAAGUGGAUGCCAUUUAUAUAUUUUGCGGCAACCAGGCGUGCCAUGAAUCAUGGUCGAAGGAUUGGCCAAAGAUUCGAGGUGUUUUCAUCUCCAUCAAGCCGAUAUGUGAAUCGCUGAAAAAGGUCGCCGGUGAGUGCGAUCAUGAUUCAAUUCCAAUGAGCUUCGUUCCAAAGCAAACGAUGACAAAAGGGGCAACAGGAUCAGAUGAAAAAAGCCUUGAUCAAUUACCACCAUCGUAUAUGUACUCGGUAAUUUUCAAGGAUAUUAUAUUAGAAAUCGAUGACGCCGACUCUAAAUCUAUGAGCACCUUAGUGAAAUUUUGCCGAUCAAAAAAUAUUCCUGAACAAGAAAUAAAUGAAUUUCAGCGUACCUAG